AGCAAAUAGGAAAGGGUGAUCCUGGGCAGGUGCCAACAAGCUUGGGUGCUCUGUUGCUUGGGGAUAGAAGGCUGGCUGAUCUCCACUCUGAUGGACAAUUAUAGCCUUAUUUUUCCUGAUGGAGGAGCUUUUGGCUGCAAGCAAAUUAGAUAUUUCACUGCUAAUAGAAGUGCUGUCUACCGAGUGAGAACUCAGAGGUUUGCCUGGCUGUUCACUGCAACCUCCCUUGAUGUCAGUCUGAUACUUUGGACUACAACUCUUAUUUCCAGGUCUGCUCUCCAAAGGAGUAUGUAAACACUCAGGACUCUUCCUUGGCUCUCAGGUGAUCAAGAAUCAUGCCAGAACAAAGCAAUGAUUAUAGAGUAGUUGUAUUUGGAGCUGCUGGUGUUGGUAAGAGUUCCCUGGUUCUUCGCUUUGUGAGGGGAACCUUCAGGGAAACAUACAUCCCAACUGUUGAAGACACUUAUCGCCAAGUGAUCAGCUGUGAUAAGAACAUCUGCACCCUUCAGAUCACAGACACCACUGGAAGUCACCAGUUCCCUGCUAUGCAGAGGUUAUCCAUCUCCAAAGGCCAUGCAUUCAUGUUGGUGUACUCUGUUACCAGUAGGCAGUCGAUUGAAGAGCUUCAACCAAUCUAUGACCAGAUUUGUCAGAUCAAAGGGGACAUCCAGAAGGUCCCAAUCAUGUUGGUAGGAAAUAAGAGUGAUGACACACAGCGAGAGGUGGAUACCAAUGAAGGAGAAGUCCUUGCCACCAAAUGGAAAUGUUCCUUCAUGGAGACAUCUGCCAAAAUGAACUAUAAUGUGCAAGAACUUUUCCAAGAACUCUUGAAUCUUGAGAAGAGAAGAAGUGUAAGUCUCCAGGUAGAUGGUAAGAAAUCGAAGCAGCAGCGUAAGAAGAAUAAACUGAAAGGCAAAUGUUCUGUCAUGUGAAAUACUGGAGACUGGACCUCCUGUGUAGUUAUGAGGUGGAGAGACUCAUUCAGAAAGCACAUUCUCAUAUGCUCUGGGAAACAGUUAAACACAGAGGCUUUUCAUGGGCCAAGGAUGGUUGUUUUCUUUUUGUUUUUAAAAUCUUGCUCUUAAAUUUUGGCCAGGUUAUUUAAAUAUUUACCUGAGAAAAUUUGGGUUUUGCAUGGUUCAUUCUGCAAAUCAGGUGUUAAAAACCAUCCUCCAUUACCACCAUGCUGCAAUAACCAGUAUUAAACAGUGUAGUACAGAAUAAUAUGUGUGUAAUACAAAGCAAGACAACUUUGCAUUUUACCAUGGCUUUUUAAUCUGUCUUCAGCUUAUCAGGUACCCUCCAUUUAUCCAAAUUCUUAAAAGAAUGUCUGGUUCACGAUGGGACACUAGUCAGUAGGUCAGAGACAAAAAUCAUACUUUGUCUAAUAAGCAAAAGAAGUAACAUAACUUGUUUUUAGAGUGAUACUUAACCAGGCGAAUACUGACUACUGUAAAUGUUUAUUCAUUUACUGUAGUUCUUUGAACAUGUAUUUGUAUAAGGGGAAACUGUAUUCCUUAAAAAGAUGUGCUAGUUGUUCCAUAUUAAAAGUUAUAAUUUUGAAUGUGCUGGUGUAUAUUGGCAAGGAUUUUAUGUGAAUGAUUAAAGUGAUUUGAA